UCAAAAUCAUUUUUAUUGGAUCGUGGUGUUAUUUAUUCCUGUGUUUUGUUUACGAAACGCAGGACGCCGGCUGAAUUUCAAACAAAAUAUAAUUUUCUCACUUUUGCAAGUACACAGCAGUGUUUCCAAAACACCCGUGAACUAUGUCCGACGACGAGGAAUCUGUUUUUAUCAAGAAAUCAAAAAAUAUUCACUAUGGAUCGCUGGAAGAGGGAGAAAGGGCCAAGCUGACAAGUUCGCUCUCCUCGGUGAUGGGCCCUGACUUCAACAGCCUGGUGCCGACUUCAGAUUUGAGCAAUGUUAUGAUCUCUAAUGAGUACCUUGAUUUGGAAAAUGCUGUGAACAGGGACAGGUCGGCUCUUCUGGAGGAAUUCGAGAAGCGGAAAUUGAAGAGACAAAUUAAUGUCUCCACAGAUGACGAGGAGGUGAAGAAAAACCUUCGACAUUUGGGAGAGCCCAUUUGCUUGUUCGGUGAGGGUCCAGCAGAGAGGAGAAUCCGUCUUAGAGAGCUACUGGCAACGCUAGGAGAAGAUGCAAUCAAACGAAAAAGAGACGAUGAGGAAGAAAAGACCGAGAAGGUUGACAGAGACCAGGAUAGCCAGACGUGGUACCACGAGGGACCAGACUCUUUACGUGUAGCACGGAUGUGGCUUGCCGAGUAUUCACUUCCUCGAGCCAAAGAGCGUCUGGACAGGGCCAGGGAGUUAGUCGGAGUGGAUGACAUGACAAAGACUGCCAAGAAGCAAGAAAUGCUUAAAAAACUUCACGCCAUGAGCAUUUACUGCAGCCAAAUUGGAGACACAAGGCCAAUUUCCUUUUGCCAGUUUAGUCCUGAUAGCAAAAUGCUGGUCACCGGCUCAUGGAGUGGACUCUGCAAACUGUGGUCCGUUCCCAGUUGUGAGCCAAUUUUGACAUUCAAAGGCCACGACUGCAAUGUUGGUGCAAUUGUUUUCCAUCCUGAAGCCACGCUCCGAGAAGGUAAAAGGGUGUGCGACUUAGCGUCAUGUGCCGUUGAUGGCUCAGUGAAGUUGUGGACUCUGAACAGUGAGGAACCUCUAGCCAAUGUUGAAGGACAUGCUCCGAAUAGAGUAUCUCGACUUGCUUUUCAUCCAUCGGGCCGUUUUCUUGGCACAUGUUGCUACGACAAUUCGUGGAGGUUAUGGGAUCUUGACCAGUGCCAAGAGGUUCUUCAUCAAGAGGGUCAUUGUAAACCAGUUUAUUGCAUUGCUUUUCAAGUGGAUGGAUCUGUGUGUGCCACGGGUGGCUUGGAUGCAUUCGGAAGAGUGUGGGACUUGCGGACAGGUCGGUGCAUCAUGUUUAUGGAAGGUCACCUAAAAUCUAUUUACGGCAUAGAUUUUUCCAGUAACGGGUAUCACAUGAUUACUGGAAGUGAGGAUCAUUCCUGCAAAGUUUGGGAUAUGAGAAAGAGAGCUUGCAUCUACACAAUACCUGCCCACUUGAACCUCAUCUCGCAAGUAAAAUAUCAGCCAGGCAAUGGGGAGUUUAUGGUCACUGGAUCGUAUGACACAACAGCAAAACUUUGGUCUCAUAAAACGUGGCAGCCGCUCAAGACACUGUCUGGUCAUGAUGGAAAAAUCAUGUGCGUUGACAUUGCACCAGAUUCAAAUUACAUUGUUACUUCAUCAUAUGAUAGGACAUUUAAGCUUUGGUCACCUGAAAUAUAAUUUUGUAUAAUAUCAUUUUUUGUCACCACUUCAACAAUCCCCAUUAUUUUAUAAGAAAUAUAAAAUAUAUGAC